AAGGCAUUACGGCCUUUCUUCUUUGAAGAAUAUGGCCGACAUUUUGAUGUUGCUGUCAUGAAGAUUUUUCAGUGACAUAAAAUUUUUAACUUUGUAGUUCUUCAUGCACGGUUUUAAGUUCCCAGAACAUUUUAUUUUUUAAUCGCUUGUUGGUGUUUAGUGUAAUCCUGUUUUGUUGUUAUAAUGGCAGCUGAUCGGGAGAUUGCUGCUGAAGACAGCAUUAGAGUCGUAUGUCGAUUUCGGCCACUCAAUGACUCUGAAGAAAAAGCUGGUUCAAAAUUUAUUGUGAAAUUCCCUUCGGGACCUGAUGAUAAUUGCAUUUCUAUAGGGGGUAAAGUGUAUUUGUUUGAUAAAGUUUUCAAACCAAAUGCUACUCAAGAGAAGGUCUACAAUGAAGCUGCAAAAAGUAUUGUGUCUGAUGUGCUGGCUGGUUACAAUGGAACCAUAUUUGCAUAUGGUCAGACCAGUUCUGGUAAAACACAUACUAUGGAAGGUGUCAUAGGAGAUCCAGGAAAACAGGGUAUUAUUCCAAGGAUAGUAAAUGAUAUUUUCAAUCACAUCUAUGCAAUGGAAGAGAACCUUGAAUUUCAUAUUAAAGUGUCAUAUUUUGAAAUAUACAUGGACAAAAUCAGAGACUUGUUAGAUGUAUCAAAAGUCAAUCUGAGUGUUCAUGAAGACAAAAACAGAGUUCCAUUUGUAAAGGGUGCUACUGAACGAUUUGUGUCAAGUCCUGAAGAAGUGUUUGAAGUUAUAGAAGAAGGAAAAUCAAAUCGACACAUUGCUGUGACAAACAUGAACGAACAUUCAUCUCGAUCUCAUUCUGUCUUCCUCAUAAAUGUGAAACAAGAGAACUUAGAAAACCAAAAGAAACUUUCUGGAAAAUUGUAUCUAGUGGACUUGGCUGGUUCUGAAAAGGUGUCCAAAACUGGUGCUGAAGGUACUGUGCUUGAUGAAGCGAAGAAUAUUAACAAAUCUUUAUCGGCCCUCGGUAACGUAAUUUCGGCCUUAGCGGAUGGGAACAAAUCUCACAUCCCGUACAGAGACUCAAAGUUAACUCGUAUAUUGCAAGAGUCGCUCGGAGGUAACGCCAGAACAACUAUUGUCAUCUGCUGUUCACCAGCCUCUUUCAAUGAAAGCGAAACAAAAAGUACUCUCGACUUUGGUAAAAGGGCUAAGACGGUUAAGAAUGUUGUAUGCGUCAACGAGGAACUCACUGCUGAAGAAUGGAAACGUCGUUAUGAGAGAGAAAAGGAGAAGGUGGCUAGGCUUAAGGGCAAGGUUGAGAAGUUGGAAGCCGAGCUGGCGCGCUGGCGUUCUGGCGAAACUGUGCGACCAGAAGAACAGGUUAACUUACAAGAGAUUGAUGCUGUCACUCCAAUUACAUCAUUCAUUGAAGAAAAGCCACCUGCACCGGUCAGUACAAAUCCUGUGCCAGUGGCGGUCUCGAGCGUAGUUGAAGAUGCAGCCAUGCAAGGUAAAUUGGAAACCUUGUAUCAACAACUUGAUGAUAAAGAUGAAGAGAUCAAUCAACAGUCACAGUUGGUCGAAAAACUUAAGGAGCAAAUGAUGGAACAAGAAGAACUCAUUGCAUGCACCAGACGUGACUAUGAAGCACUGCAAGGUGACAUGAACCGAAUCCAACAAGAGAAUGAAGCGGCGAAGGAAGAGGUCAAGGAGGUUCUUCAAGCUCUCGAAGAGCUUGCCGUCAACUAUGAUCAGAAGUCACAGGAGGUUGAUAGCAAGAGUCGUGAGUGUGACCAAUUAUCUGAAGAGUUACAGACCAAACAGAGUGCACUGACAACUGCAACGGCCGAGCUGCAGCAACUUCGUGAUUUAUCGGCACAUCAACGGAAGCGUAUCGCUGAACUUCUUACGAAUUUGCUGAGAGAUCUCGCGGAAAUAGGUUCCGCAGUAGGUGGCUCCGAACUCGACUUCAAACUCAAUGUGGACACAGUUGGCAAACUCGAAGAAGAAUUUACAGUCGCGCGUUUACACAUUAGCAAAAUGAAGAGCGAAGUCAAGAACAUUGUACAGCGUUGUCACUCUCUUGAGUCUGCCAAUAUUGAUGCUAAUCAAAAGAUUGAGGAAUACGAGCGGUCGCUUGGAGAGUGCCGCCUGCUGAUUUCUCAGCACGAGGCGCGGUGUGCCUCGCUCGCGGAGUCCAUGCGGGAAGCCGAGAACAAGAAACGACAAUUGGAAGAGGCGGCCGAUGCUCUUCGUGAAGAAUGUGCCCGACUGCAAGCGGCGGAGCGCGUGCAGCUGGCGGCGGCCGAGGAGCGUGCGGACACGCAGGUGCGCGGCGCGCUCGAGGCCCAGCUCGAACAACUGCGGGCCGCCCACGCCACGCAGCUCGCCGCCCUACGGGACGAGCUCGCCGCGCUGCAGCGCCAGCACCAAGAGCUCAAGGAUACAUACCAGGAGCUGACACUCGCUCGGCAGCAGUUGCAGGACGACUACGAGAAACUGAAACGCGAGGAGGCCGACAAGUCGGCGAAACUCAAGGAGCUCAUUCAAAGCGUGGAGCGGCGUGAACAAGCUCGCGCCGAUCUCAAAGGUUUGGAGGAUACUGUGGCUAAGGAGUUGCAAACUCUGCACAACUUACGCAAACUCUUCGUACAGGACUUACAGGCAAGGAUAAAGAAAUCCACAAACUCUGAAGAAGGCGCUGAAGAAGAAGGCGGCUCGCUCGCACAAAAACAGAAGAUCUCAUUCCUGGAGAACAAUCUAGAACAACUGACAAAGGUGCACAAGCAGUUAGUCCGCGACAACGCCGAUUUGCGUUGCGAACUGCCCAAGCUUGAGAAGCGCUUGCGAGCCACUAUGGAGCGCGUCAAGGCAUUAGAGACGGCCCUCAAGGAAGCUAAAGAAGGCGCAAUGCGCGACCGUAAGAGAUAUCAGUUUGAGGUGGACAGGAUCAAGGAGGCGGUUCGCGCUAAGAAUCUUGCGCGAAGAGGACCACAAGCACAAAUCGCGAAACCGAUCCGCGCCGGCGGCGGCCACAUGGGCGGCGGCGCGGCCGGCGUGGUGCGAGCCGCGCCCGCGCAGGACAUCAAGCGGAAGUCCAUCAUCGUCGGCGCUCGAGAUGAGAGUUGAACAGUUAGCCGUUACGUCGUAGAGAAUUUAAAUGAAACUUCAUAGAUGUACCUAACAUGGGCGGCGGAAAUUCUUUAAAAUAUACCCAUUAUACUACGUGUUUAUGAGAAGCCUAAUAUUAAACUGCAACAAAAAAAAAGAAAAAUAUCGUAGAAUUCUCUUAGGCUUAAUAUUUCGAGCUAUAUAACCUUAAUGUCGAUAAGUGCACAUGGAUUUAGAAGUAUAAUAGCUUUUCGCUAAUUAUAAAUAGGUCAGGUUUCAUAUAAAUUCGAUAUCGGUUAUCGUUAGGUACCGGUGCAAAAAGUAUUACGAUAUGAGCAGACCCGAAGCUUCGAUGGUCUUUGACGUUGCUAUUUUUAUUAAAUGAAAUAUAUUUUUAUGAUAUGACAAAAGUAUUACGUUUAGUUUUUUGUCGUAAAUACUAACUUAUGAUCACUAUACCGUGGGAAGAGACGCGACGAACGGUAUCUAGGAGUUGUCUAGUACAAACAUAUACCGAGCCAGUUACCAUAACGUGUGUGUAAACACCAAAACGCAAUCAGUCGCGUUUCUUUCUUAUUUACUAUAGAAUGAUAAUAACUUCAAGAUGCAAUAUUUCAUUAUCUUUAAGAAUAUGCAGUGAGUUAUUUGCAGACUAGUAUGGGAUGCCGCACAAAUAAAAUAGACAUAAAUUUGAAAAAAAUGACCAUAAUCGUAUUGUCCUGUAUUCCGCGUGUGGCAAAUGCAUACCAGUGUGCAUCUUCAGUGUGUAGUUGUAGUUUAAGCUUCUUUAAUAUAUAUAUUUUUAUAUAUUGUGAUAAGCGUUGUUAUGCUAUUUUGUGAGCAUUUAUUUAUGUUAACGAACUACUUUCGGUAUGUUCACAAGGUGUCAUGGGUGAUAACAGGAGGUCUCGUGGGUGAUAUACGUUAAGCUUCAGGUUUAGUCGUUGCCGGUCAGCUAAGUCGGUACGUGCGUGUGUGCCUGGGCGACUUGCUGCAACUAGCAAGUUCACUGCCGCUAGGUACAAUCUGCGCCAGAAGGAUUCGCAAUACAAAUUAGUGGGCGAUUUUUGUAUUCUUAUUUAGGAAUAUGAAAAUCUCUUUCAACUAAAUACAUUUUUUGCUCUGGUAACUAAAAACUAUAAA